AACAAAUCCGCGUGGAUGAAAAUAAAAAUAUCCUGGUGGGGGUGAAAGGGAGGUGGGGUUUGCCUGCGCGCGCGUUGGACUCGGGAGAGCAACUCCGGAGCGGCGCGCGGUGUCGCCUCCAGGCCGGCCAUGGACUGGCGGGAGGAGGGCGCAGGGCGCCGCGGCUGCUCGCGCCCCUAGCCCCGCGCUCCCUCGCCCGCCCGCCCCGCUCCGGCCCUCCGGGGGCUUGGCGCCCGUGUCUUCUUCGCCCAGACGGCGCCGGGGAGCAGAGGAUCCGCGCUCCGGGUCUCCAGGAUGUGCGCUUCUGAGAUGGGGACGCUGUGGCACCACUGGUCCCCCGUGCUCAUCAGCCUGGCCGCCCUCUUCUCUAAAGUGGCGGAGAGCCGGGGCAUCCUGGAGAGCAUCCAGAGGUUUUCCCUGUUGCCCACCUACCUCCCGGUGACCUACCGCAUCCACAACGCGGAGGUGUCCUUCUUCCUGAAGGAAGCCAACCAGGACAUCAUGAGGAACUCCAGCCUGCAGUCGCGCGUGGAGUCCUUUCUGAUUUACAAGUCCAGGCGUCUCCCCGUCCUCAACGCCAGCUAUGGGCCUUUCGCCGUCGAGCAGGUGGUGCCCCAGGACUUGCUGCUGCCCUCCAGCCCCUUUGGGUUCACCAGCAAGUUCUCCCUUAACUGGAAGCUGAAGGCGCACGUCCUGCAGGAACGCGUCCACCUGAGCCGGCCCCGCGUGCAGGUGCUGCUGCAGCUGGCGGGCAGGGACUGGGACGACCCCGGGCCCGCGCCGCGGCUGCCCUGCCUGCGGGUCUUCGCCUUCCGGGAGACCCGGGAGGUGCGCGCCGGCUGCCGGCUGCAGGGGGACCUGGGGCUGUGCGUGGCGCAGCUGGAGCUCCCGGCCGGCUGGUUCGGGCCCCCGACGGUGGUGGCGGCCGCGGCUGGGAGGCGGAAGGCGGCCGAGGCGCCCGCGGGCGGCCCCGCGGUGGAGCUGUACUACGCCGUGCAGCCCACAGAUGCGCGCGGGGACUGCGCCGGGGAGGAUGCCCGGAGAGCCGGCUGGAUGCGGACAGGCCACAACGACAUCGACGAGUCGGGGCCUCCCUUGCAGAGAAUCGGGAGCGUUUUCCUCUACCAGACCCACAGCCGGCCGGCCCUGAGAGAGCUGCGUUUGGAUGACAACGUGGCCAUCCAGUACGUGCCGAAGACGGUCAGGCAAGGAGAGGUGCUGACUUUCCCUGUUUCCAUCUCCAGAAACUCCACCGAGGACCGCUUCACGCUGAGGGCCAAGGCCACGAAAGGCAUGCGCGUCGCCGGGGUGCGAGCCAGCAGCCCCGCCGCGUGGGAGGUCAAGGAGAGCCCGGCUCACCCCGGCAAGCACGCCCCCACGGCCAUCGUGUGUCAGAGGAAGUCGCCCGGCUCGGAGAACAGUGUGGACGGCGCCUCCUACGAAGUCAUGCAGAUCGACGUGGAAAUCGAAGAGCCCAGUGACCUGCCGGCCACGCAGCUCAUCACGUGGCAGGUCGACUACCCAGGAGGCACCACAUCCGACCUGGGGGUGUCCAAGAUCUACGUGAGCCAGAAGGACUUGAUCGGCAUCGUCCCGCUGGCCAUGGAGGCAGACAUCCUGAACACAGCCAUCCUCACCGGGAAGACGGUGGCCGUGCCCGUGAAGGUGGUCUCUGUGGAGGAGGACGGCACAGUGACAGAGCUGCUGGAGUCCGUGGAGUGCCGGUCGUCGGAUGAAGAUGUAAUUAAGGUUUCGGACAGGUGUGACUACGUCUUUGUCAACGGGAAGGAAGUGAGAGGCAAGGUGAACGUGGUGGUGAACUUCACCUACCAGCACCUGCACAGCCCCCUGGAGAUGACGGUGUGGGUCCCCCGGCUGCCCCUGCAGAUCGAGGUCUCGGACACCGAGCUCAACCAGAUCAAGGGCUGGCGGGUCCCCAUCGUCUCCAACAAGAGGCCAGCUCGGGACAGCGAGGAAGAGGAUGAAGAUGAGAGGAGGGGCCGAGGCUGUGCCCUCCAGUACCAGCACGCCAUGGUGCGGGUCUUGACUCAGUUUGUGGCUGAGGCAGCGGGCCCUGCAGGCCACCUGGCCCACCUGCUGGGCUCAGACUGGCAGGUGGACAUCACGGAGCUGGUGAAUGACUUCAUGCAGGUGGAGGGGCCCCGGAUCGCCAGGCUGCACGGGGGACAAGUCCUGAUCGGCCAGGAGCUUGGGAUGACCACCAUCCAGAUCCUGUCACCUCUGUCCGACGCCAUCCUGGCGGAGAAGACCAUCUCCGUGCUGGACGAGAAGGUGGCGAUCACGGACCUCGGGGUGCAGCUGGUGACGGGGCUGUCCGUCUCCCUGCAGCUCAGCCCGGGGAGCAACAGGGCCAUCUUCGCCACAGCGGUGGCCCAGGAGCUGCUGCAGCGGCCCAAACAGGAGGCAGCCAUCAGUUGCUGGGUGCAGUUCAGUGACGGCUCCGUCACUCCCUUGGACGUUUACGACGUGAAGGACUUCUCUCUGACGGCCACGUCCCUGGAUGAGAAGGUGGUGUCCGUCCACCAAGACCCCAGAUUCAGGUGGCCGGUAAUCAUUGCUGAGUCCGAAGGCCAGGGGGCUCUGGUCAAGGUCGAAAUGGUCAUCUGUGAAUCGUGCCAGAAAUCCAAGCGGAAGAGCGUGCUGGCCGUGGGAACGGCCAACAUCAAGGUUAAGUUUGGCCAGAACGAUGCCAACCCCAACAGCAGUGACAGCAGACACCCAGGGCGGACAGGAGUGCACCUGGAUAAUAAUGUCAGGGACAGAAGGCCCGCCAAACCCUUGCAGGAGUGGGGCGGUCGAGACGGACAGGACUACAGCAGCCCUUCCGUGGGCCGCAUGGAAGGAAGGGGCUCCACCACGGAGAAGCCCACCUUCCGGCGGAGUGAUGGCCGGGACAGCCUCUCAGACGACGACGGCCACCUGCAGACCACCCCCGUGGACCUCACCAGCUUCCCGGCCCAGGUGGACCUGCCCAGAAGCCACGGGGAGAUGGACGAGAGUGACCUCGCCCAGGCGUCCAAGGGGCUGAGCGACCUGGAAAUCGGCAUGUACGCUCUGCUGGGCGUCUUCGGCCUGGCCAUCCUGGUCUUCCUCAUAAACUGCGCCACCUUCGCCCUGAAGUACAGGCACAAGCAGGUCCCCUUCGAGGAGCCGGAAGGGCUGAGCCACUCCCAUGACUGGGUGGGGCUGAGCCACCGGACAGAGCUGCUGGAGAGUCACGUCACCUUCGCCUCCUCCCAGGAGGAGCAGAUCACCGCCAUCGACCGGGGCGUGGAUUUCGAAGAGAGUAAGUUCCUCCUCGGCGCAGACGCCCCGCCGGGCAUCAACGGACAGCUGCUCAGACCCUCGGGGCCCACGGUCGCCAACGGCACGGAUCAGCGCAGCGAGCCCCCCGCAUCCCCUACCUCAAAGCGGAAAAGGGUGAAAUUUACCACCUUCACCGCCAUCGCCCCGGAUGCCGGGGGCCCCGCCGUGAGCGCCGUGUCCACGCGCAGGGGGGACGCAGCGAACUGGCUCGGCCAGGACCCGGCCCCCGGGGAGUGCGCCGGGUCACGCGACUACACGGACGGCUUCCAGGGGGAUGCGUAAGCCGGACGUUCGCUGACGUUGGUUCUCACUCACCUUUCGGCCUUUAAUUUGGGGACGUGUGGCUUACGGGGCCCCCAGCAGAGAAAUAAGACGGCAGGACAAGGUCAGGAGACACCACCCACGGAGCCCCGGAAAGCGACCCUGGCUCCCCGGGGAGGCCCCGGGUCGGAUUCAAUAUACACGUUCCGCGGCACAACGUCCUGGCCGACGCCGAGAGGCUUAUCCCGCGUGCGAAGGUUUUAUUUAAACCUGGAAGACAAACGAGUUGUGAAUCACUGAGCUUCUGGGAGCGUCCGGGAAAGGCCAGUCCUCCUCUCUCACUCUCUCUCUCUCUAAUAAAAGCAGUUUGGGUAUCGUGACACCCACACGGCUGCCGUAUGCAGUGUUGCAGACGACGGGGGGGCGAAGCGAGACUCAGGCCGGGCUGAAGGGGACGGAGGGGAGGACGGUGUCACUGGGACCGGGGCUGCGCCGCCUGCCGGGCGCACAGGCGGGGCGGAGUCUGGGUCUGCGGGGCGGCACUCGGGAGGCGUGCUUUGCGAUCAUUCUCUCCUAAAGGCGGGGUUAUUGACAGACCGCGGCGACUGCUGACAAGGACUGAAAGGGAGCAAGCCAGCAAGCAGGCCACCGACCUCUCCGUAACCAGCUGCCAGGAACACAGACUCGCACAGAGAAACCCUCUGAGCAGUUCCGAGCAUCCCUUGAUUUGUAAACUAAUGCAUCCUGAGUGCGGAGCUUCAGUCGGGUUCAAAGAACAGUCUUUUUUUUUUUUUCUAGCCAGUUGUCUAUUCUCAUUUGUACUCCUCUCCAACAUCGCCCCCUUUCUGAAAGUCGUUGGUCACUUGUGGGCACUGGGGGGGCAGUGUGAGCCCCCACUGAGUGGCCCAGGUGACACUCGACACUGAAACACCGCUGGGCGAACUUCGCACGUGUCCUUCUUCAAAGAGGCUGGUCUUUGCGGGUGAGCGCCGCGCGCAGGGAAUCCAGCUGCUCCCUCCCCUUGCUGUUCUAGAAAGAAGAGGGGGCUGUCCUGUGAUGGGUCUGUCGACAGUCCCGUCCAGUCUGCUGCCCAAGGCUGCUGAGAUGAAUCCGGGUGUCCACGCAGAGGGCACAGGGUGAGGCUCGGGACUCGGGAUGUGUUACGAGGUGGGUCGUGCAGGACGCCCGUCCCCACUAGCAACCGGGCAGAACGUAAGGCUGCUUCUCCUCCGCGGAGAGCAAGAGGGACCCGGGUACCAGCACACGGGGCAGAGGGCUGGGCGAGGCCAGCGUUUGGUCCUAAGGUCAGUCCUCAAGGGGUUAACACCGCCUGAGAUCCGGAGGACCCUUGAGACCCUUGAAUAGCUCCCGAACCCCUCAGGUGCCACGCCUGUAAAAAGGAAGCGGGGAGAGGCUAGCUGGUUCUUACGCCCUCGUCGUGCUCGCGCCGAGGCAGAGAUGAUGGUGGAAAGCUUGCCAAGCAGGUGCGGUGCUGAGCAUCACAGUGGAGGAAGGAGCUGCCCAGAGGAGGCCCUGCUGUGGAAUCAGAGUGUGUGUGUGUGUGUGUGUGUGUGUGUGUGUGUGUCCUUUGCAUCCUUUUCUCUCUCUCUCUGCUCUUUAGAUCCUUCAUUUUCCAAUUCCUCUUGCUCUGUGUGUCUCUCUGAACCUCUCCCUCUGCCCCCUGUCUCUGUCUCUCUCUGUACACACAUAUAAUUGAAUUCUCCGUAGAUGGUGCAUGUAAACCCCAGCAGUUUACCUCCUCAACCUUUGCGCUCUCCCCAAAACGAAGGUGCUGUCCGCCGGCUCUAAGACUGGGACUCCAACCGCCAUAAGCCACCCGCUCCUGUCCCCACCCUGACUUUCGUGGUCUGGUGGGGCGAUGAGCCUGUCACCCCUUUUCAGUGCCAAUCCUUUGCUUUCAGUCGCCUCCUCCCGUCUCAUUCUUCCCCGCGUGAUGUUCCAUUGAACAGUGCCUCCGCGGCCCCCUCUCGAGUCCGUCCGCGUGCAGAAUGCACUGUAGAUUGU